CGAUCAAACUAUUUUCGCAGGGUGGCGUCUGGUGAAGACAUUUGAGAACGUUGUUUGGCGUUGACUUAAAGUUUAAGGAACAUUGAGUAGCUUGAUCAGCAUAUUCUAUGUAAAAAUUGGGCUUCUUCUAGAUCAAAGUCUAAUAUGUGGUCAGUAGUGUGGUGUUGUGGAGUCUUGCAGAUGAUAUUAGCAGCUGUAAUACAUCAACCACCAAGUAUUAGAGAAGAACCUCCUAACAAUGUGUACUUCAAAGUUGGUGAAACUGUGCAGUUAGUUUGUAAAGCUAAAGGUGGGCCAGCUCCAACGUUUAAUUGGAGAAGAAAUGAGAUAGCCUUUAACCCAAGUGGAAAUGACGACAGAAUUGUGCAACUGUCGAGGGAGGGCACUCUGGUCUUCAACCGCCCAGAGAACAAAGAUGAAGGCAUAUUUCAGUGCUUUGCUAGAAAUGAGUACGGCGUGUCUGUCUCUAGAAAAAUCAACUUCAGGCAGGCUAAGCUGGAAUCAUUCAUCAACAGCCCAGCAUCCAGACACACUCCAGCGCUUGGCACGGCCUACACCCUACCCUGUGUUCCACCUGAGAGCGUCCCACCCGCGGGCGUGUUCUGGGUCACCAAAACACCAGCUGGCGGGAUCGAAGCUGUUGCUUAUGACAGUCGUGUCACGAUGGAUAGGGAGUAUCGCUUGAGGUUCGCCAACAUCCAGCAGACAGACGCCAAAAAUGACAUGCCUUAUUUGUGUGUGGCUAUGAACAGCAUCAUGAGGCGCAAUGUCAUGGGACCAUUGCAUUUUAUCAAACCUUCUGGCGGGAAAGAAGAGUUCAUGCCUGUGGAGCACUUCUGGUCUGAUCAAGAUGAUAGGUUUGGACUUAAGGGACAAGUUUUUAACAUCAAGUGUAUUUUCUCUGGGAACCCCACCCCAGACAUUUACUGGGAGAGGACCGACAACAAAUCUUUUUCAAGCCGCGUUCAGUUGAAAAGUUUUGCUCGCGAGCUGGAGAUCACUGACCUGCAGUUUGAGGACGCUGGGACGUACGAGUGCUGGGCCUCCAACUCUAUCAGCAGGGGACGCAAGAUUAGAAAUUUUAGAGUCAGGGUCAACUCGCAGCCUUACUUUAUUCAGGAGCCACAGGAUAUUGAGACAGGUGUGGGAGCCAGUGUUGAGGUCACCUGUUUAGCUGGUGGAGUACCUGGGCCAGACAUCGAGUGGUACAUCAAUGGUGUGGCUUUAAAAGAAGUCACUGACCCAAGAAUCAAUGGACGUUUGAAGAGAGACAGAGAGAGCAAGAUUGUCCUCAACAAUUUAGAAGAAACAGACAACAUGGUCAUGCAGUGUAACGCUUCCAAUAUUCAUGGCUACGCAUUUGCCGAUUUUUUUAUCCAAGUCAAAUCUGAAGCACCCACUAUAAUCCAGCCACCUGCAAAUGUCCAGUACAGCGCAGAAAGCUACUCGGUCAUCCUGACCUGUAGGACAACUGGCAAGCCUGACCCAACUAUCAGCUGGUUCAAGGACACAGACAGAAUAACAGGGGGGCGCUACCUGACUCUAAAGAAUGGGGACUUGUUCAUUAAGUCAGUGGUGCUGUCUGAUGCAGGUAGAUACAGGUGCCAUGCAGAGAACAGGUACAACCAGACGUAUGCUGAGGGGACUCUGAUUGUCAGGAGAAAGACGAGGAUUGAGCAGGAACCCUUUGACCUUGAAGUGAUGGCCGGCAAAGAUGCCAAGUUCACCUGCUCCGCAACAACUGACCCAGAGGAGGUGGUACACUUGAGGAUGCUGUGGAUGAAAGAUGGCAAGCCAAUCACAGCCAAUGACCAGAGGAUGACCACCAACAGACAGGACAACUCACUGACCAUCAGUGGGACCAUCAUGAGAGACUCAGGGACCUACACGUGUAUAGCCACCAAUGGCUUGGACAACUCCACAGCCUCGGCCGUGCUUAUAGUCAAAGAUAUUCCUGAAAGCCCAUCCAACGUAAGAUUGGAGUUCUGUAAUGAAAACGCAACAGUACGCUGGAUGCCUGGCAGUAUCAACAAUUCCCCUAUCCAGUACUUUGUCUUGCAGUAUAACACCUCAUUCAACCCCAACCAAUGGAGUUUUGGAGCUAAGGUUGGUGCCCUAGUGAGUCGGGUGAACAUGACCCUCUCCCCUUUUGUCAACUACACCUUUCGUGUGAUCGCCUACAACAAGAUUGGACCCAGUGUCCCUAGCUUCCCCACCUCCAACAUCUGCUCUACCAAACCUGCACGACCGUUGUUUUCGCCUCGCAAUCUCCGAACUGUGGGACAUCGGGUGGGGAAGUUGUACAUUGAAUGGACGCCAAUGCCCCAAAUAGUGCAGAAUGGCCCAGGCUUCUACUACACCCUCCAAGUGAGACGAGUUGGGUCUGAGAACAGCUCCCAGCUCCAAAGCUACACCAUCAAUGAUUGGAGGAGAAGCAGCUUUGAGAUCUCUACUGGGCUUGUCUAUGAACCUUUCCAAAUCACACUCAGGGCAGGCAACAGUGUAGGGGAGGCUACUCAACCUCCCUCAACCAUCAUUGGUUAUUCUUAUGAAAGUGUUCCAACUAUAACGCCUACCAACUUUGAGGUUGAACAAGUGAAUGAUUCCUAUGCAAUAUUUAAAUGGGAUUUUGAUACAAAUGAGCUACAGAAGCAAAACUCUAGGCUGCGGGGUAUGUUCAGAGGCUUCAAGAUCCAGUUCUGGGAGCAAGGUCAGCGCGUGCUGACUGUGAGAGAACAAAACAUCGGACCCGAGUCAGCCCUCAACACAGGCAACACAUUCACAGCACGAGUUGACCACUUGCAGCCCAACACCAAUAUGGAGGCCCGGAUCUCCGUCAUGAACAAUUAUUUCAUUGGCCCACCCACAGAGAGUCUCAAGUUUCGCACAGAAUCAGGAUUUCCGGGGCCUGUUGAGUACCUCCGUCCUAUCAAUAUUGGCGACACACACGUUAACCUUGAGUGGGGGAGUCCUCUAGAAAAUAGAGGGGAUCUGGAGGGCUACGACAUUACAUACCAAAUAGUGAUCAACCUGUACCUAGGUGGGAUGCAGGAGAGGCUUCCAUCCAUCAGCGACCCCGCCACAAGCAAUGCUCAUCUAAGUGGACUCUUGCCCUCAUCCAAAUACAGGAUCCACAUCUUUGCUAGGACUGCCAAAGGGCGUGGCGAGGGCUACUUCAUUGAAGUUACAACCACCAGUCCAGGAACCCCUAUGAUGCCACGUUUUAACAUUGCCAGUGUGGGAAGAAAUGACAUCAAUGUCACCUGGUGGAUCAACCCUCACGCAUCUUCUGGCACUGUAGUGUAUGUGGAGUGGAGAAAGCUUGAUGGUCCUGAAUGGAUCCGCUCCAUGGAUGAAGUGAUCAACUCAUGGAAAAAAAUUGAUAACCUGCAACCAGGCACAACCUAUGAAAUUAGAAUACUGGUGACCAAUGGUGUGACCAGCAAGACUUCAGGUAUAGAGGAGGUGCGCACACAGGGCAUAGCCAUGGCUACAUCUUUAGCUGGCAGCAUCAGUUGGUUUGUUGGCAUGAUGGUGUCAGUGCUGGCCCUCAUUGGCCUCAUUCUGAUUCUCAUCAUCUGCUGGAAGAGAGGCUUCAUGUUUUCUCACAAAGAUUCAUACUCAUAUUGUGGCGUACGUCUUGCUCCAAAACCUAUCUCUGACACAUAUGCCAGUACAACCUACAUGGCCAAACAAGAAAAAAGCACAGAAGAUGCUGUAGGACAGGAAGAGUAUGAAGAUCACUACCCUGGACACUUGGACAAUCUUGACCACUGUCCAGAACAACUGGACACUGACCAUUACGGGGGUCAGGAGAUGGAUGAAGACCCAUAUGACAGGGCAGCGGAAUGCAGUCCCUAUGACACCCAUGUGAGAUCUAGAACCAGGGGUCACGGAGACCACUUUGAUGGACAGGUUGUUUAUGACAAGGACGGUGGCUACUCAAAUUAUGACGAGGACGCUGGCUACUCAAAUUAUGCUCCACACAACUGAAAACACAAACAACUUACAAAACGACUAAGCACUGAUUACCAUGUCAUAGAUCAACUAUCCACCAUCGUGUAAAGAUCACAAUGGCAAAACUUAACACAUCAGUGUGGUAGUAAUAAUUGGUUCCAUUGACUCGUGCUCAAAGUAUCUGAAGCUGCUUGUUGUUAGUGUAAAUAAAAUGGUUCCAAAUUA